AAGCUGGUGUGGAGCUGUGCUGUGUGGCACAGGACAACCAGCAUUUGGGACGGUUUUUCCCCGAGGCGGUAGGAAGAUGCAGAGGCUUGACCCAGCCCCUGCAGCUCGGCUGUGCCUUUCCUCCUGACAGCAACAUAAGCAGAAAGAACUGCUGCAUCUCUACAGCACCGAUGGGUGAAAUAACCUUUUAUCCAGCCUUGCAGCUCUGUCUGCCCCUUGAAGCCAUUGGCACAAGAGCCUUGCACUCAUUUUAGAAUCCAACACCAGCAGCUGGAAACACCAGAGACUGCAGGGACAGGAGACAGCUGUGAUGGGGAGGGGGGGCCACUGUCUCACUCUGGCAGCCAGCCCAGCACAGGAUGAAUCCCCUCCAAGUGAGGUUUGGACUUCACCUCUCUGCCAGAGCAGUGCUCCCCACAUCUGUGCCAUGGGGUGCUCUGAGGCCACUGGGAAUUAAGGGGAGUCAGGGGGAGCAUCACUGACAGCCUCAUGUCCAUCCUUCCAUCCCACCUCUCGGGGGGACAGGGCUGAUGGAGAGCCUAAGCCUGGCUCAACAGAGACCAGCAGGGUGUGAGAAUCAAUGGCAGCUUUUUUCUUCAUUUCAUUACAUUACAUUUGUCUGAAAGGGUUUGGGUGCGCCAGGCUGCCAAACCACACUGUCCCCCAGAGCACACAGAGCAGUACUCAGCAGCCCUUCAGGGGGGUGCGUUGGCAGUCCCCCUGCCACCAUGGACAUGGUUCUCCACCAGCCAUCCCCAAAAACGCGGCAGCAGAGGGUCCGGAACCAGGAGCAGGGCAGAGCUCUGAGCUGGCACUGUGUGACAAGCCAGGCCAGAGCGGGUUUCUGGAGGGGCAGCGAUUUCUGCUCGACUCAGCUCGGGGAAGAACACACAGUCCCUGCAAAUCUCCCCCUGACAUAACCCAGCUGCACUGAGAUGGGUGAGGAUCACUCACUCUGACUGCAGAGCCCAUCACUCAGGACAGAAGAGCAAACAAGCCACACGGGGUCACUUAAAUCCAGAUCUUUAAUUUAAAAGUGGAGACAGAGCAGGUGAUAGUUCCCCUGGUCACCCUGGCAGAUUGGGACAGUGGUGCCCGGUGCUCUGCCCUGGAUGGUGGCUGUGCUAAUGCAAUGCUGUGUGCACGCAGCUGGGUAGCUGCAGGGUUUCCAAGGGGCUGGAAAAGCCACAAUCACUGCUCCUGCACCUCCCAAAAUAGAAUUAUCUUGAUUAGGACCAGCUGAAACUGUUUCCUGCCAUUGUUAAAGUAAUUGCCGUCAGGAGAGGAAGAAGCCCAGGGCCAGGACAAAGCCAGGAGGGUGUAUCCCAUAGAAGGAUGCAGGCAGCAAUUGCUGUGCCCUAGGUUACAACCAGGGUGUAGCUAUAGAAUGGACAACAAGCCACCAGUUCCCUCUGCUCCCACACUGUGACAUCACUGACAACAUAAGCAAUACCCUGGGCUGACAGAGCAGGAGCACCUGACCCGUUCCAUUUCCUGGGUAGGCUGCAAGCCCCCAGCCCCAUACAGUGCUCAUCCAGUGGGGCAUCCCCAGGACCCUCUGGGACUCCAAGCACUCCUGUCCCAGCAAGCAGACUGCUGCACCAUGUUCCUCUUCGCCGAAAAGCACAGGACACCAAUCAGCACUUACACCGACUCCUACCGCCCACCAUGCACUAUGAAGAAGGCCAUCCACGAACGGGCUCCACUGAAGUUCGAGACAGAUAAUGAGUUUCUGACACAGGGAUUAACAGUUCCCCCGGUCCAAAAACGGGAAAACCAAGGUCCGCCGGAGGAGGUGAUUAGGGCGAUAAUGCAGGACUGCUACAGGAACACCAUGGAGCCCGCUGCCUACUGGCCUGGGAAGUACUGGCUGUCCAGGUCCGAAGAGAAGUACAACCCAGUUUUUGUCAAUGAGGAUAAAUACAUCACCUGGAGAACAGGUCCCUACAACAGCGCAACCUGGAAUAAGCACUCCACUUACCUCCCACUCCUGCCCAAGGAGACAAGGAUGGAGACCUACCUGCGCAGCAUACCUGUGCCAUACCCCCCAAAACCUGCCUGCCUCAGUCAAAUUGAGAGGGAUAUGGUCGCCGACAUGCUGCGCAGGCUGUCACGGCAAACGCCGCCGUCCGUGCAGCCUGUGUACACUGUGUCAGGGAGGGGACCCUUCCAGGGCUACUACAGCCCCUGCUCUGGGCGCCACUACUGCCUGCGAGGGAUGGACUACUACAUUGAUGGGGCCGCUGCCAUCAGAAGGCAUCUCAACGCAAUAGGAGAGAGGGCUGUAAGGACUAUCCGGUGCUGCAAUUACAGCCCGAGCGGAAUGUCCUGUGCAUCUACACAUCGCCCCCAUCUAUACUCCUCCCCGUACACCAACCCUAGGUGGGACUCAAGCCACUUCAGUAUGACAGGAGGAGUCCAGAGAGGCAGCUUCACGAUCCACCCUGAAUUUAGCUCAGAGGCUUACUAUGACCUGUGAUGCUGUUGGAGAACAAAGAUGGACCUUCAUUAAAAUUGACUUGGGUAACAAUUUCUCUCAGACCCUUUCCUCCAGGUUGGGGAAGUUCCUUGGGAGUGGGCAGAAG